AGCGGUAAUUCCAUUUUUUGUGAAACUUGCUUUUUAUUUCACAUUUCAUAAGAAAUAUUGUAGUUUUUUACAUGAGUAAUCUCAUGGAGGAAAUUCAAUGUGCUUUACAGAGUGAUACAACUGUUAAAAUGAAGUUAUGAUACAGAUACAGGCAGUCAACACAUACACACACACACACACAAGCUGUCUCAAAACAUUACAGGACAAUCAAAAAAUAAAAUUAGCUUAGGGCUACAACAAAAACAAACUGAACACAAACUAUAGCUAAAGAAAUAAAAAUGUAUCCUAUGUGUGUUGCUGCUGUUCAAGCGAAUAUAUAGGUAGAGUUUAAUAAAAGCAAACACCAGUAGAAAGUAGAGACAGGGAGGUAAAUAGAGCUAACGUUACAGGUGUGUUAGCUUUCCACUUGCCAUAUUUAUCCAUCAUUGUGACGUCAGUGGUUUCUGCUGAGCAGCCAAACGUUCUGGUCUCGCCUUUAUGCUCAUCAUAUAUUCUUUGUAUAAUUUAUUUUUGAUCUAUGUGCUAAUGCUGUUUACUUGUAUCUUUGGAUGUUGAUUUUUUAAAUAAAAAAUAAAAUAAAAAAUAAAAAACGUUCUGGUCUCGCGCUCGCGGCCGUCUUCCUCCUCACCAUGACAACGACAGAUUUCUAGCAUCGUCAGAGGACAACUCGUAAUCUCCUUCGCUCAUGAUUUAGCUAGCUAGAGACGAACAUUGUGUAAAAUACCGUGUUUUACAUGACUAUUACAGAGAUAUAUUUCAUGUAGGAAGGCCAUCUUUGCGGUGUGGAUGCGUCGGAGACCAGCCAGAGGCAGAAGAGGGAGACGCCGUUUAACUGCGUGAACAACAUGGCUCUUCUUCAGCAUCCCCGGCUGCUGUUGCUCGCUUGUGUUGUGCUGUUGAGCGCUGUCCAACGUAUCUACACUCGGUCUUUGCCAAUAUCGGAUCUAAAAUCCAAAAUAUCAGGCGUGGAGGAGCUGUUGGAGGAAUUCCGCAAGCAGCUCCAGCAGGACCAGACGUACAGGACAGGCGAUGUGAUUGACUCCUGUGUGGGCGACUUUAACGCUGUCGGGGAGCGCAUCAUCCGAGCCAAGGCCUCCAUCGAGCAAGGGGCCACCUUCCUGUUAGCCCCGGACAGGGUGUACACCUUGAAGGACUGUCUGCACGCCUGCUGCUCCCAGCCUCACUGCACCGUGGCGGUGGUCCAGCAGGACCUGAGGCAGCCCGGGGACAGUCUCAGCUGCUACCUGUUCAACUGCACCUACAGGAAUAAAAAUGUCUGCUCCUUUGCACCGCAACAGGGCUUCACUACAUACAGCCGGACUCUCAACACAACGCAGGGACACCUCCCUGUUACAUCCAGCGGUUCAGCCAGGAGGCCCGGGGAAGGACAUCCGGAUGAGGUGGAUACACAAGAUGUGGAUGAGCCUCCUCGCAGUGAUGCUGGACAGGAUGUGGUGAUCCAGCUGCCCACAGACUGGGCUGUCCUGGAUGGACGGGACAGUGUGGACGACAAUGGCAUAAACCACUAUGAAUGGACUCUCAUCAAGGGGGACACAGCCAUCAAUAUGAAGGCGUCUCAUCCAGGGCUGCUGAAGAUCAGCGGUCUCCAGGAGGGAGUCUACUCCUUCCAAAUGACUGUCACUGACACAGCGGGCCAGAAAAGCUCUGACAACGUCUCUGUCACUGUGCUGGCCCCAAAACACCAAGCAGAAGUGUGUACAGGCCUCUGUUCAAAGUACCAGUUCAAGUGUGAUGACGGCUGCUGUAUUGACAUCACCUACGCCUGUGAUGGGAAGCAACACUGCCCUGACCGAUCUGAUGAAGACUUCUGCCCAAUGUUUGACAGCAACAGGAAGUCAGUGACCCACGCUGUUGAUCUGUCAAACCCUCAUCAGCCUGUGGCUCAGACAGAUGAGGCAGAGGAUGGCUCCAUGCUCCAGACUGGGCCCAGAAAGACCAUAGAGAACAUCAUAACACCUCAGGACAGGAGCCAUGCCGCUCCUCCACAAAGUCCCACUCAACAGGAGGCUUCAGCCAGUCAAGAUCCAUGUGCUGCAGCUCCAGUUGUCGGACCCUGUAAAGGCACCUUCCCACGCUGGUACUAUGACCAAAAUGCGGGAGAAUGCAAACACUUCCUGUAUGGCGGUUGCCAGGGCAACCAUAACAACUUCCUCCAGGAAUCUGACUGUGUCAGUGAAUGUAUACAAAAAGGGCCGGCUUUCAAACCAGCAACUGUGGCUCCUCCAAUAACCAAACAGACUGAGAUAGCUGGCCCUAGAGUCUCCCAGAGCCAAGCAGAGAGCGACGUCCCUGUCUCCAAACCAUUUCCAGUAAUGGGAGGACAUCCAGUACCAGAGUCAGGUGCAAUUCUUCCUCUGGCUCUCGGCCUAAUCAUCACUGCACUGCUGCUGCUUAUGAUUGGCUGUCGUCUCAGACUUGUUCGACACAAGCUGAAGAAAGCUCGACCCCUCACCACGGAGGAGUCAGAUUACCUCAUCAACGGCAUGUACCUAUAGCCAAUCAGCCACGGGCAGCAAACAGAGCGCGCCGAGAUCUGAGUAAGAAGCAUGGGUGUUGUCACCAGAGCCUGAGUCAGGACUUUUUGAAUUGGCACUCUGUUUCUUACAGCCCAGUGUCUCUAAUUUGUUCAACAAUUUCAGGGUGGAAACAUCCCAAAUCUCUUCUGUCAUGAACGUUUCUAAACAUCACCACACUGAACCCCUCGGACUGGUAAAUCUGCUGCUGAUAGAUGCCGCCUUCAAAGCCAUUGACACAUAUUCAGAUGCUUGUGAAUUCAUAUUUAUGUGGUUUAAGAAAAUCUAUCACGAUUAAAGAGUCGGCAUUGCUAGUUCGAUACUGAUGCUGAGCUGUUAACAUUUCCCCCAGUGACUUCUGGGAUACAUACAGUACAGGACUCUUUUUUUCCCCCUUUAUUAAAAUGAAAUCUAUUUCUAAAACACAGGUUACUUUGAUGCCAAACAUUUUUAUUUCCACUUGUGAUGUAUUUUUCCGAAUUAGUGCUGCACAAAAAUAUGGUGGUAUUUCUGCCACUGGGUGGCACUAAUGUGGAAUAUUUGUGCUGUACAUUUGAUUUCAGUUAACUUGCCUGAAGAGCAGAAAUGUAACACAUUGGAGUGCCUGUCAUAGCUGAUUAGCAAUCAGCAACAAAUUAUUAUUAGUUUCUCAGAAUCACACAAAGCCAUAGCAAAUUCUGUCAAAAUCUAUUCCUGUCUAAAUGUUGUUGCAUAUAUUUCUUUAUUGAGCAAACCCACGUGGAGUAUCUACUAUAUUUACACACAAUGUAUUCCCUCAAAGUGCUGUCUUUAAUGUGAGAAAUUAAAGUUCAUUAAAUAUCA